UGGGGGCUUUAUUUUGUCACGUCUAGAAAAGGAAAUGGAGGUUCAGCUGAUAUCGAGAAAAUCCAAACUUAUCUUGAAAUAAAAAUGACAAAAGAUUUUGAACAAAACUGCAAAAGUGCAUUAGGAAUUAUGCGUUCUGCAAUUCUCUCUUGACUUCUUAUACUGGACUAUUGUUUGAAGAAUGCAUCUACUACAUUCAAUAAACAGCAUUGGCUUCUAAUACAAACUUGUCAAGAUAUAUUUGGAAAGCUUUAUGAGUAUGAUGAUGAUGUUUGAAAGUAGUUUCAGGCGUUUCCAAUUUGUAAACCCACCUACUAUUUAUCACCUAAAGCAAGUAUAUAAAGGUGUAGAUGAAGAGAUGUUGCGAAUCUCAAGUGUGAAUGAUAAUGAUAGUCUUCCAAAAGGAAUUUUAAAUAUAAUGUCCAUAGCCAAUAAUGAUAGUUCAUGGAAAACAUUGUGGCAAAUUUAUUUACCUGAUGAAUUUGAGCGAAUAUUCAAUGGGCAGAGUGAUAUUAAAAAUAUGCCUGUAUUUGCUGAAGUUACUAAGAAAUAUAAUUUGCCUAAUUUCUCAAAUGCAUUUGAAGGUUACAUAUUGGAUAAAUUCUUUAAUGAAUCACCUGAGACGCGUCCAACAUUUUAUUUUCCAGAGAAUCGUUGUGGUCCUGAUAUCAUUUUUUUUGUUGAAUUUAAGAAAGUUACGGUUCCAGUUUUUGUUCAAGUGAAAUUAUAUUAUGGUGUUAAAAACUUGGCGCAGGCACUUAGUAUGAUCCAUCCACAUAUGUUUUACAAGAAUAAAAACGAAGUUGUUUAUGAUGAGAAAUCAAAUAAAUCCAUAAUCGAUAAGAUAAUUGAAAAAUGUAAAGUUGGCUCUAUUGGUUUAUUGGUCGCCUAUCUGGCUGAUAUAUUUCAAGAAUCUUAUGUCACAAAUGAUCAUACACAUUAUCUAAAGAAUCGAUCAAGCACGAAACAGCUCAUCAGAAUUAUUGAUUACAAAAAUGCAUCAACUGUCUUUCAAGAAGCUCAUCUACAAUUUCUAGACAAGCUUAAACGCACUGCAAAAAGAAAUAGGAAGGAAGAAGCAAAGAAGCGAGGGUAAAGAAGGGGAGAAUAAUAAAUCAAAAAAAUCAAGAAAACCAAGAAAAAAACCCAGGAAUCAAU